CUACGAAAUAACUUGCACUCGGUAUAAAACCAAGAGUCGAGACUCACACACUACACUCCUGCGCAGCCUUCGCUGAAUCAAGCAAAGCGAAUAUGAGGCUACUGAGGUCUACCUUAAUCUUGGCCGUGGCUAUUAGCCUGGCCACGGCAGAGGAGAAGGCGGAGAAGGACACAAAGGCUGAAUCCAGCAAUGUUGAAGACAGCAAAAAACAAGACAAAAGAGGUUUAUCUGACUUAUAUGGCGACCACGGCUACGGCGGUGGUUACGGCGGCGGUUAUGGCGGUGGUUACGGCGGGUCUUACAGUGGUGGAUACGGAAGCUUUGGCAGCCAUGGCGGCUUCGGAGGAUCUCUAGGAGGUUUUGAAGGAGGCAUCGGGCAUGGCCAUGAAGAACAUGAAAAGACUGUGACAAUUGUGAAAAACGUCGCAGUACCAUACCCCGUUGAAAAACACAUCCCUGUACCAGUGGAAAAGCACGUCCCAUACCCAGUGAAAGUGCCUGUGCCUCAUCCGUACCCCGUGUACAAAACGGUUCACUACCCGGUAAAAGAGUAUAUCAAAGUACCCGAGUACAUUUCAAAGCCAUAUCCCGUGGAAAAGGAAGUAGCUGUUCCAGUGAAGGUCCACGUUGACAGACCAGUGCCAGUCAAAGUUUACGAGCACGUUCCUUACCCAGUGGAAAAACAUGUCCCCGUUCCUGUCAAAGUUCACGUACCCCACCCCUACCCGGUAGAGAAACACGUACCAUUCCCGGUUAAGGUUCCAGUUAAGGUAAACGUACCGUACCCAGUAGAGAAGAUAGUCCACUACCCUGUACACGUACAUGUCGACCACCCAAGGCCCGUACCAGUUGAGAAGCCUGUGCCAGUACCAGUCGAGAAGCCAGUUCCCUACCCCGUGGAGAAACCUGUACCUUACCCAGUGAAAGUACAUGUAGACCGCCCAGUACCAGUGCACGUAGAGAAACCAGUGCCUUAUCCAGUCAAGGUUCACGUACCGGCUCCUUACCCAGUCGAAAAAGUCAUCCCCUACCCGGUCGAAAAGAAAGUGCCUAUUCCAGUGAAGGUGCCAGUUGACAGACCAGUGCCGGUCCAUAUCGAGAAACAUGUACCGUACCCAGUUGAAAAGCAUGUACCCUACCCAGUUAAGAUCCCGGUACCAAUUGUGCACCACGAAGAGCAACAUGGCGGUGGUUACGGCGGUGGUUACGGCGGAGGUUACGGCGGUGGUAACGGCGGUGGUUACGGCGGUGGUUACGGCGGUGGUUACGGCGGUGGUAACAGCGGUGGCAGCAGCGGUGGUAGCUAUGGAGGCCAUGAGGGCUUAAGUGGUGGCUUUCAUGAAGAAGGAUUGAGUGGCGGCUUUGAAGGUUACGGUGGUCAUGAAGGUGGUAAUGAAGGUUACGGUGGCCAUGAAGGUGGUCUUGAAGGGCUGGAAGGCCACAGCUUAGGAAGUUACGAGAAUGGUCAUGAAUACCAUCAUUAAUAGACUGAUCUCUUCUUUGUUUUUUAGCUUUAAAUGUUGUUUUGUGUUUAGUUGUCGACUAAGUAUUUUAUUUCCUAUGUUUAUGUUUUCGACAUGACUGUGUUGUAAAUAAAACCGAAAGUAUUAAAGAACUGUUACAUUAAAAAUUAAAUAAUGACAAAUAA